AUGGCGACAUGUUCAAGCCACCCAUUUGAUGAAACGCAGUGGAUCAUUCGAAUUCGUCGUAUCCUCGACGAGGAGAUCGAGCUGUGCGAUGACCAACCGAUCUCCAUCUUCGAUGUCCUCAAGCCGCUGAUGUGCACUAAGCCGGAAGCUUAUGUGCCUCAGAUGGUAGCCCUGGGCCCUUACCACCAUUGCCAUGAAGGACUCCGUGACAUGGAGAUGUACAAGCUUUCAGCGGCCAAGAGAGCCCAGAGCCACCUCCCAAGUAUGAACUUCCAACGGCUCGUGGACGUCUUUGCCACGCUCGAGCAUCUGAUUCGUUCCCACUAUCACAGGCAACUGACUCUCACCAACGAGACGCUAGCAUGGAUGAUGGCGAUCGACGUCUCGUUCCUUCUCGAGUUCCUGCAGACUUUCAGCCAGACCAGCAACAAGCAGAGGAGACUGCAGAGGAUGCCGUCGAGGAUGUCGCAUCUGGUCGAUCACUCUCGCAGGACGUCCACUCACAGCAUGCUGCUGCGUGACAUCGUUAUGCUGGAGAACCAGAUCCCGAUGUUUCUGCUCGUGAAAGCAAUGGAGAUGCGGUGCCCGUCAGCAGGCCCGGAUGUUCUGGGCUCCAUGCUGUCCGGGUUCUUCCAGGAGGUUUCCACGCUCAAGGGGGUUGGCUCGCCGUGCACCGACGCCACACGACACGCCCACUUGUUGGACUUCCUCUACUCCAACAUGGUACCUUGUGGCUGUGUGGAAGAAUCAGAUGGUGCCGUGGACGAAGCCGGAGACGGGCCGCAUGAUCAAGCACAGAGGUCGACUCUGAGUUCAGUCGCCGAAUUGGUCAUGAAGCGUGGCCUGAAGUUGGCGUCGCUGGUGACAGAUUUCGUGGUGAGGGUCCUGCUCAAGUUCGUGGCCAGCCUUCCGUGCCUCUCGAUGCUCCGGCAGCCCAUCGAGGAGAUGACUUCUCAGCGAAUAAUAACCCAGCGAGGCUCCCCUGAACCCAGCGGCGGAUCCGACGUUCAGAGCAAGAACGCGUCCCCCCUGCUCGAGGAGAUCGCGGUGCCUACCGUCGCCGAGCUCGCCUACGCCGGCGUCACGUUCGUCCCGGCGGUCGGCGGCGUCUCCGCGAUCGAGUUCUGCGCGAGAACCGCGACGCUGCACCUCCCGGUGAUCAGCGUCGACAUGACCACCGAGGUCACCCUGCGGAACCUGGUGGCUUACGAGGCAUCGGUCGGGUCCAGGGCGCUGGUCUUGGCGCGCUACGUGGAGCUCAUGAACGGGAUCAUCGACACCGACGAGGACGCCAGGCUGCUGAGGGAGCGCGGGAUCAUACUGAACCACCUCAAGAGCGACCAGGAGGUGGCGGAGCUGUGGAACGGGAUGACCCGGUCGGUGAGGCUCACGAGGGUGCCGGCCUUGGACAAGGUAAUCGAUGAGCUCAACAGGUACCACGGGAGCUGCUGGAAGGUGAGGGUUAGGGCCUUCGUCAGAGCGCGUCUCCUUGGAUCCAGGGACUUGGUUGCUUGCGCCCUUAUGCUCUUCCUCUUCGUCUUCGUCGCCCUCCAGGCGUUGUGCAUCUCUCGUGGCUGCCUCCUUUCUUGGUACGGGAUGGGUAUGGCCAGGAGAAAAGAUGCUUGUCACAUCCUCAAAAGCUGA